AUGGCUCCUCCUCCUCUGCCUCGCCCACUUCUCCUCUGUUUUCUCAUCCUCCUCUGCCUCACCAUCCCCGCCUUAGCCCACAGCGGCCACCCCGACGACGAAAACAACAACGAACCCGCCACAGACGACCUCGAACCAGGUCCAGACCUUCGUUCAAAGCCUCUGAUACUGGCCAAGAUUUGGUGCCUGAUUAUAAUCUUUUUUGCGACCUUCAUACCUGGAGUUUCGCCUUACUUUUUCAAGUGGUCUGAAUGGUUCUUGGUUUUGGGUACGCAGUUUGCUGGGGGUGUGUUUCUGGGUACGGCUCUAAUGCACUUUCUGAGUGAUGCCGAUGAGACUUUCAAGGACUUGACUGAUAAAGAGUACCCUUUUGCGUUUAUGUUGGCUUGUGGGGGGUUCCUGCUCACCAUGCUUGCUGAUUGUGUGAUUUCGUAUGUUUUUGACAAGAACAAAGUUGGUGGGUCUGCUUCCGAUCUUGAGCUGCGAGGGAGUGCUGAGCAGGGAAAGGGUGGUCAAAAUGGCAAUGUGGGCAUUGCAAUUGGAGUCGCUGACACUAAAGCCGAUGCUUGGAAAGCCUUAUGGACAAUUUCUCUGCACAAGGUAUUUGCAGCCAUUGCCAUGGGCAUUGCUCUCCUUCGAAUGAUGCCUAACCGUCCCUUCUUAUCGUGCGCUGCCUAUGCUUUUGCAUUCGCUAUAUCAAGUCCUAUCGGUGUGGCCAUCGGAAUCCUAAUAGAUGCGACAACCCAAGGAGCUGUGGCAGAUUGGAUAUUCGCGAUUUCAAUGGGUGUAGCAUGUGGAGUGUUCAUCUAUGUAGCAGUAAACCAUCUAUUGGCUAAAGGUUAUAAACCCGACAAAGCAGUUUCCAUCGACAAACCCCAUUACAAGUUUUUGGCAGUUUUGUUGGGUGUCGGGGUAAUAGCUGUUGUGAUGAUUUGGGACACUUGA